AUGGCGCACAUAUCAAUGACUUUGCGCGCUGUCAAUCACCGAUUGACCAACCUGCCAGUCCAGAAGCUGCCUUCUAUUGCGGCUUCGCUCGCGGCCUCCAUCACAGAAUGCGGGGAGUUGCUCUCUGCGCCUCAGUCUCAGAGGGCUGGCAAGUCGGAUUCGGAUCAUGCAGUUCAGGUCCACAAGCUAGUGACCCGGCUUUCUAGUCUUUUGCAGGAUAGGUCAUUUGAGGGCCGGUGGGCUGCGGUUGUCUUCGUCAAGGCGCUGGUGGAGGCCGGCCAGUGGGAGAUCCUCCGCGGCAACUUCGUUUCGAUUCAAUUGCUGAUAGUCAGCCUCGAACAGAAAUCCGACCCUGCCUCUACAAAGACAAUGGCCGUCAUUACUUUGACUCGUAUCUUCCACCUUACAUACCAGUAUCCCACCCUGGUUCGCGAAAUCACGACGCCGUCGCUCCCUGGAUUCAUUACAACCACUUUGAACCUCAUCUCCGUCAAGCCGCCGUCUGAGCCUACUCGGAAACUGAAACCAACUACACCGUUACUGGAGGUUGUUCUUCGCGCCUACGCAGAGCUCAUUGCUAGACACCCCACAAUCUUCCGGCCUUUCACGGCGCAGAUUCACAGUCUCCUCCAGGCCAUCGUUGGCUCCACUGCGAGCUUGUAUUCACAGCCUGUUUUGAACGUUACGGAACAGUUAUUUGUUGCUCUUCACCAUUGCGCACCGAAAAAUACUGGAGGAGAAGAGUGGAAGGGGGCCUGCCGGAUGACGAUCAAUUCAACACAUGCAACAGCGAACCAUGUUUUUCGGGCCAUUGUUGAGCAGUGGGAGUCUAUUGAUCCUUCAUUGCGACAGCAACUGAGCCACCCUAUCGAUUACGCCCUCGAGGUCGGUAGCCACGGACCUGACGCUCUGGGACUGGCUGGCUGGCAAGGGCUGGAUGCGGGGGUUAAGAGAUUGCUCGAGCUGUUGCGAAUGCUCUCCACCUUUUUAACCACCGCAACGGCCUCUACCGUAUCAAUCCCUAUCGGCUCCGUGCUUGAUUUGACUGCGCGAUUGAUGUCUGUAGUAGUCCCAACAGAAGCCAGCGAUGUCCAAGCCAAUCCUCAAGUGAGUCGGACUGAACGGGAGACUCUCUUUACGGAACUACCCCAGAUUCACAUUGCUUGCAUUAAAGUCCUUCGUGCCUUGAUUGGCACACUAGAAACUGCUGCGCUUUCAGUCGCUCAGACAAUCUUAGAGCAGACUCUUUGGGUCUUCCGCGCGGAAAAGUCCAGCAAGAAGGUCAGAACAUCAGUGUACGGCUUACUCGAUGCAUUGCUCAAGCAUAUGGGCCCAUCUAUGAAUAAGAAGAGCGUAUCCUCUUUGACUGAGAUGAUCCGAAUCUGUUGCUCCGAUAUUUUGCCUACGAUGGGCGAGAAUGGCUCUAAAGACACCUCUUCGGAUACAAAGGGCAGGUCCAAAACGAACUCAGCUACCGUGAACGCGGACUUUUUCUUGAACCCCAACCUCAAGCAAAGCCGCCAAACAAAUGCGUCAACCAAAUCUUCCAGACUUUCGCGAGCUGCCUCAAACCUACUUCAAUCGGUCCUCACGCACCUCGCGCUGGAGUAUCUCGCAGCUCCGAUCCGCGCCGAAAUUGACCGCACCAUCAUCAUGACCUCUGACAAGAGCGCCAUGUACGCCAGCGUUCUCAACCCCCACCCAGCGGUGAAGGGCCGCGGAGUAAAUGUCAGCAUCAUGCCUUUCUUAGCCAGGAGCUACACAUCAGAAAUGGACGUAGAGGCCCUGAUCCGACCUCGGAUGCCCAUCUUGACGAACUCAAACAGCAUUGGCCACUACGCCAACAUUGAUGAAGACGAGGACGAAGAUAUGGAACAUGCUGGCGCACCCGAGUCCAUGCCCGCCGAGAAUUCCGGGUUCCUGAAACCAGCCGUCACCCCAAGUCUUCAAGACCUUGUGGAUUCCAGCACGCCCCAGGGUUUUCCUUCGUCGGUAAAUAAACGUACCUACGCAGAGGAAUCGUCCCAUAGCACACCCACUUCUGCCGGUUCACUGGCGAAGGCAGACAGUCUUCAGCCCAAGAAGGCGAGGUUUGAUAGCAAUGCGUCAACGACGCCAGCUACGACCCUAGAACAGCCCUCUAUUUUCUCAAGGGCUACCGCCGCUGCGCCUGCUUCCAUCCAGACUAGCUCAGUCACGGAGGAGACCUCAACGGUGGGCAAUGGCGUCACGACUAGCACGACGUCUGUUAUGGUGGAGCAGUCAUCAUCAGUUCCUCAAGUCGAAGCCGCAACGGCGCCGGGAGAUGAAGAUAGCGAUGAGGAGAUGCCGACUCUGAAUAUCGAGCCUGACACGGAUGACGAAGACGAGGAUUCUGGAUCCCAAUCUAUAUCACAAACAAAGGAGGCCGAAAAAUCCAAAACUCAAAAUCCAGCAGCCCUAUACAAUGCGCACACCUCUCCCCCAAAACGUCCCAUCAUCAUGGUACACAAACCAGGGUGUCCGCCAACAAAGCCAACCUUGACCCAACAAGCCCCUCAGGAAACUGAAAGGCAGCGGUUCGGUCAACCACAACCCACCCCUCGCAAAAUCAUCCGCGAUCCCGGCCCCCGAGAAAUGAAGCCAGCCAAGCACGAAAACCACAUUACCAAGUCGGCGCAACCAGCGCGGCGGUGCAAGACCGUACCGAAUGAAUUGCGCCACUACGACACGGGACCAGAUCUCUUGGAUAAAAACACCCACGGCUUGCAGGAUGAAGAAGAGAAACGGACCCGAGACUGGCCGGGUAUCCUCGCCGAGCUGCGUGUAGCUUCCGAAGCCGUGGAGAAGGCCGCUGAUGCCGAAAGCGACAAUAGUUGUGAUAAUGCGUCUUAUGGUGCGCUGCGAGGAUAUGGAUGCGGGAAGAAGCGAGAUUAUCCAUUUUGCAGUCGACACAAAGCCGAAGCGGAACAGUUGGUGCCACCAUUUACCCCACGCACCUGCGAGCCCGUCAUCCAGAAUCGCCGUGAUAGGGCCGAAUGA